UACUUUUACAUCAUAAAAUCCGAAAAAUUGGGAAAUACUGAUCCAGUGGGGGUGAUGUGAGAAAAGGCCAUUAAAAAAAGAUUUAUGACUCGUAUGUUUGUUGCUAUUAUGAUGAUGAUGAUGCUGUUGGUGGGUUGCAGAUGGCUGCACUAGCAUUCAAGAACCAGAAACUGGGAAGAAGGUAAAGCGACACGCUCAUAUAUACGUAGAUAUAUAGAUAUAGAUACAGAAGCCGAGAGAGAGAGAGGAGAGGGAGAGAGGUAAGCUGAACACCAGUUGAGGUCUCUCUUUUUUACCACUUUCUGUGCAGCAGAAUGCUGGACUCUUGUAAGAAAGAUGCUGAUUUAAGCUCUACCCAGUUAAUGACUCCACGAAUUGCUGAUUGUGCAUCUUGGUGGACUUCUACUGCAUCACAAAUUCAACAAUCAUCUUUAACUGAAAAUUUGAGCUUGAAGAUGGUUAGUCCAAAUCAGUAUGGACACAAUGCAAAUCAAAUUAGAUUCCAAUUUCAAGAUCAGGACUCAUCAUCAACUCAAUCAACUGGUCAAUCUUACCAUGAAGUUGCUAGUGUAGGGGAAAGCAAUCCUUGUGGAAAAGCUUUAACUCCAAUGUCAUCUGGAUAUAAUGAAACUCUUGGGAGGUUUGAAGCUGGUCAAAUCAAGUCAACUUUAUUGAUGGGUUCUCAGGACUGUGUUAUGCCCCCCUCACAAGUUGAUUAUAGACCGUCAUUUGCUUGCAUUCCGUUCUCCUACACAGAUCCAUACUAUAGUGGGUUACUGGCUGGUUAUGGGGAACAGGCCAUGAUUCCUCAUCCCCAAAUGAUGGGGAUGGCACCUGCUCGAGUGCCACUCCCGCUUGAUCUUCCCCAAGAUGAGCCCAUGUAUGUCAAUGCAAAACAAUACCAUGCAAUUCUCAGGCGGAGAGAGUAUCGGGCCAAGCUUGAAGCACAGAACAAACUUUCAAAAGUUCGGAAGCCUUAUCUCCAUGAGUCCCGUCACCUGCAUGCGAUAAAGAGGGCUAGAGGGUCUGGUGGACGAUUUCUCAAUGCAAAAAAGCUCGAAGAAUGCAAACCGUCCACCCCAACCAAUGGACGAGAUGAAUCAGGCACGUUGCAUCUCCACCUGACCUCCAACUUGUCGGAUUCUGAAGCUCAGCUGGCCGAGAACUCCAAAGAGGGUGCAUCAACCAUCUCUUGUUCUGACAUCACAAGUCUCUCCAUCAGUGAAAACAUCGCCCGUCAGCAAGAGUUGAGGUUCUCUGUGUACCCUGGUGCUGUUCGGGGGGGCGCCACACAGUGUGGGAACCAGCGCCGCUAUCUCUCAGUCCACCACUGAUCCUCCCGCCGGCCCAGAAAAUUUGAUCAGCAUUUCAUUUGGAUUGAUCCAAGAAUGUGAAUGGGAAUGCUGGUGAAAUAGGGAAGUCAUCCUUGGCUCUGUUACUUGGCUUUGUUAGAUUCUCCAUUUCUUAUUGACUUUGGGCUUUCGUGUGGAGGUUUAAGGUUUACUUGGUGAUAACUUGACAUUCAUGAAACUAAUCUUUGUAUGAUUUAAGCAGAGGCUGUGAAAUGACAAAAACUUCAUUUGCUUUGGUGUGUCAA